AUGCAAGCUUCAGGACACACUGCGGAUGAUGAGGAAUACACACUGCAUAAACGGAUGCCACCAAGGCUCCCGCAGCGACUCAACGAUGUGUACAUCACUGAAAAGACACAUUUUAAGGCUCAAGAAAGCAAGUGCCAAAAACUUCUCGACUCUGGUAAUGAGGUGAUAAUUCAUGGCCUCGGUAAAGCUGUCAACAGAGCUAUCAACUUAGCUCUUCAGCUUAAGGAAAGGGGAAACGGUACUGUUCAGAUCUGCUGCCAAACCUCAACUGUGGAUCUGGUUGAUGAACUAAUACCAGAGGCAGAUGGAGACGUCAAGACAUCGAUGAGAAGCAAUUCUGCUAUUCACAUUCGGGUGUACAGAUAG